AAGAAAAUCUCACGGUUCAUCCCUAAGUCAGCAGAUAAGAUUUUAGAUGCCCCGCAGAUCGUAGACGACUACUACCUGAACCUUCUAGACUGGAGCCCCACAAAUGUUCUUGCAGUUGCACUAAAUCAAUCAGUGUUUCUCUGGAAUGCAAGUACAGGUGCUGCACACAAGUUGAUGCAGACAGACGGCAGAGGCGACAUCAUAACCUCCUUGUCAUGGGGUUCAGGUAACACACUUGCCGUUGGAACUCACUCCGCAGAGAUUCAGUUAUGGGACGUGAGCACAAGCUCUCUGGUCAGAACUCUCCGAGGCCAUGAACAGCGGGUGUCCAGCCUCACGUGGAGCACGGGCUCCUCCCUCAGCAGCGGGUCCAGGGACUGUCAGAUCAUUCACCAUGAUACUCGUGCAAAUAAUCACAAGAUCGCAUCUCUACAUGGACAUCGUCAUGAAGUCUGCGGGCUGAAAUGGUCCCCUCAAGCAAACCAGCUUGCGUCAGGGGGGAAUGACAACGUUCUGUUCAUCUGGGAGGCGCGAAACAAUCGCCCAAGGUUGUGCAUAGAGCGUCAUCGAGCUGCAGUGAAAGCGCUCGCUUGGUGCCCCUUUCAACACAACACUCUAGCGUCAGGUGGAGGAACCGCCGAUAGAAAAAUUUGCCUGUGGAACACCUCAAACGGCACCUGCUUCAACGAGGUCGACACUAAAUCGCAGGUGUGCGCGAUCGAGUGGUCUAUCCAUGACAAGGAGUUUGUAUCCUCCCAUGGCUUCACACACAAUCAGCUGAUUCUGUGGAGACACUUCGGCUCUGGACGCCUGCAGAAGGUCACGGAGUUAACCGGACAUCAGGCUAGGGUGCUCCAUAUGGCAAAGAGCCCUGAUGGCACGACCGUGGUGUCAGCUGCAGCUGAUGAAACCAUCAGAUUCUGGAGAAUAUUCGGAGCUGGGAGGAACAGUGCUUCUAAACUCAAAGAU